UUUUUUUGCAUGCCCUAACAUGCCAGGAAGUUGGGGUCUGAGCGCAGGGUCAGCCAUGAUACAGCACCCCUGGAGCAGAUAGUGUGAAGGGCCCAACAGUGGCAGCUUGGCAGUGCUGGGCCUCAAACCCCUGACCUUCCAAUCAAUAGCCCAGAGCCUUACCCAUUAAACCACCACUGCCCCCAUAAUUUUUUAUUACUAAAAUAAAAAGGACAUUUUGCAUUAAAUGUUCACGUCAAACAACUAAUAUAACAAGAUGGGACUGUCAGGGAGUACAGGGAAGUAUUAUUCCUCCAAUCUCAAAUACGUCCAACAGUGCAGGCUGUGUUUUAAAUGUCCCUCUACACUACAUGCAGUGGGCUACAUAGGGUGCAGAACACUUCAUACCCUCCCUCAGGUAGUGCGCCUACGUAGGGAGCAGGGAACUCUUUAGCAUUCAGCCACACCAGCAAAUAGAAACCCGACAGGUGAUCCGUACAAGCGGAUGUAGCCGAGGAAAAAAAAAAGGUAACGGCGAGGAAACAUUCCUAAUGUUAAUGUUAUUCAGUAUCACUAGCUCUUCGGAACAAAUACAGCCAGGGAUCGUGUCCAAGUCUGCGGUCUGAUCGAGGAAGCUGUUCCUGUUCAAGCCAUGCUGUUAUUGUCCAGAUAAACUGGCUGCUGUGGAUUUGAACAUCAACAACAAUGGAGAUGGUUGUAGGUAAAAUCCUGUGCCUUUUGGGCAUGUUUGGCCUCAUGCUCGGUGCCAUUCUCAUCCCUGUGCGAGUGAUGCAGUCGGACCUGGACAAGGCCAUACGCUACAGAAGGGCAGUUGCUUUCAGUAACUCAUUUGGAGGAGGUGUGUUUCUGGCCACCUGCUUCAAUGCGCUUCUGCCUGCUGUUAGAGACAAGGUGGAGCAGACCCUAAAACUGCUGAAGAUCACGAACGACUACCCACUGGCCGAGACCAUGAUGAUGGUUGGCUUUUUCCUCACCGUGUUUGUCGAGCAGGCGGUGCUGACCUUCAGGAAGGAAAAACCGCCCUUCAUCGACCUUGAGACGUUUAAUGCCGGCACUUCUGAGGCAGGCAGCGACUCUGAGUAUGACACACCGUUUAUCGCUCCAGCACGGAGCUCGCAUCAUCACUCACAUCAUCACUCUCAUCACCACGGUCAUUUCAACCCUGCAGAACUAACACGAGCAGGACCACUGCGGCUUGCGAGCCUGGUCCUGGCCCUCUCCGCUCAUUCAGUAUUCGAAGGCCUUGCCCUCGGGCUUCAGGAAGAUGGUGCUAAAUUAGGAAGCCUUUUCCUCGGAGUGGCGAUCCACGAGACCCUUGCAGCCAUGGCUUUAGGGGUCAGUGUGGCUAAAGCAGGACUGCAUCUUUGGGAUGCCAGCAAGCUGGGCAUCACAGUCAGCCUCAUGAUCCCCAUCGGCAUUGGCCUCGGAAUGGGUAUCGAGAGCGCCCAGAACCUGGCAGGAAGUAUUAUUUCUGUGGUGCUCCAAGGCCUAGCAGCAGGCACAUUUAUUUUUAUUACUUUCUUUGAAAUUCUCUCGCGAGAGUUGGAGGACAAACACGAUCGGCUCCUGAAGGUGCUUUUCCUCGUCUUAGGGUAUGGUGUACUGGCAGGUCUAGUCUUUAUCAAGUGGUGAUAGAUCUCAGUGCUUCCCAGAGAGAAUGAUCUCGAGCGGGUUUUGCGUCUUGGAGUUUUUAACUCUCCUCACCACCAUAACCAAAGUUUCCUUAAUGUACUCUAAAAAGACUUUUCCUAACUUGUUACUUCCUAUUCCUACGUUUCUAUUCGUAUGAAGUCGUACACUGGAUAUACAGAAACAGUAGCAGAUUAGAUGCAGUACGCGUUUUCAUGAAAGUGAAGUGGUUUAUUACUGUGAACGCUGUCGGAAGGGUGCUACUGCAGAUUUUAAAUGUUAGGUGUUACUGAUGCCGGUUGAUAAAUAUUGGAGAUACAGUCUUCGUUUAAUCUGUUUUUAAUACUUGAUUAUAAGUUUCGCUUCGGACACAGGUAUCGCGUGUGUCUCCUAAGUGCUGAACACUAAAUAAGAUCUUACAGGCUACAGCAGGAAUUCCCAAACAUUUUGGAGCUAGGGACUCGUUUAAUUUCAACUAUUCAUACAUUAGGCUAAUUGUAUAAAAAAAAAUUAGGCUUCAUAUUUAAACGUGGGGUUUAAAUUUGGGGUAUUUAUUUGAGCUUUUUAUUCCUUAAAUUGCCACGAACAAAACACAUUAGGUCCAAGUUGAUAUUGUGUAUAGGCCUGCUUGUUUUUGAGUUACCCAUUCAAUUCAAGUCAAACAGGUUAAUAUACUGUGUAUAUACAGUAUACUAUAUGAUAAUACUAAUAAUAUAUAUUAUAUGAACCAAAUUUUAUAAUGGAGUUUGGGAUUUUCACCACUGUAACAAAUUUUUAAAUGGUGGAACCCCUGACUAUGCUUCAUGGCCCCCACUUUGAGACUCACUAGUCUAUAGGCCCAUUGCACAGGUGUAGGAAAACAGUGCCGCAGAAGUUACCUGGAAGUUUAAUUGAAGUAGGCACUCAUGCAGUUUCACAUUAUUUUAUAUUUUUGUACAUCUUUGUGGUUGUGGUCUUAUAUUUAUCACUCUGUUUCAGUUUAAGAUGUUAUAUAAAUCAGAGUGAAUUUUAGAGGUUAUUUCAUUUCUACUGCCAUUUUAAUUUCAUCUGAUAAAUGCAGUGUAGGACAAUAUUUGUCUAGCACAUUCAUAGAAAAAAAAAGGGUUCCUUCCUUAAGGGUUCUUUGGUUGAUAAGCUUUCUAAAGGGAAAUCUUCUUUUGUAGGGUUUUAUAUAGAACUAUUUAAAGUGCACCUAUUAUGCUUUUCAGAUAUUUCCUUUUAUGUAGUGUGUUAUAGAGCUGUUUGUGAAUGUAAAAAAGUCUACAAAGUUUCAAAAAUCAAAGCACACAAUGGAGUUAUUGACUCCUAAAAGAAAGAACCGAUUCUGAACAGCUGAAACGAGUCGUUAGCAAUUACAGACUUACUUCCUGUACUAAUCUAUGUAGGUUUGUAACAAAAACCCCGCCUCUGGUCUUCACUGGCUGCUUGUGAACAGACGGAGUUGAAACUCUGACAGCAGUAGACCAAUCACAGCAGACUGGGACAUCUGACCAAUCAGAGCAGAGUAUGCUUUCUUAAAGGAGGAGUUUAGAAUGAAUCUUUUAGAACGGAUCAUUUAACGAGUCAUUUUUGACACUGGGGAGGAAAAAAGGUAAUGCUGCAGUUUAAAUUAUGAGCACAUUAAAGUGUUUUUUGACCUUGGAUGCAUGUAAAUCUAUUGUAUGAGACCUUUAAAACAAAAUUAGGCACGUUUCAAAACCAUAAUAGGUGUGCUUUAAGGGUUCCUAUAGUGCGUUAGACUUAAUAACUGUCUCCAAAAUUUAUCACCUUAAAUAUGGCUUGUGAGGAACAGCUUAAAAUUUAACGUUACUCUACUCACUUUCUCCUCUCAGGCUAAUCUAAUCAGUCCAUACAGGAUUUAGAGGGGUUUUUUUUGUGAUUGUUGCGGCAAAAAAAUGCUUGAUUUUGCUGUGCCGUUGUCAUGACGUCACAUGUCACGUCUUGGCCCAAAUCUGCGGUAAUUUUGAAAAAUCGCAAGCUCCGAAUAUUGUGCAGUGUGCUUGAUUUUGCAUUCGUUUCUGCGAUCACAAAAUCGCGAAAUCCUUGAGGGACUGAUGAAUGAUUAUUCCCUUUGACUAUAACAAUAACCAAGGUAAAAUGACUUUGCUCAUUUUAUAGAAAAGAUAGCCAAGAUUGAAAUUCGAAGAUUUAAAGAGAUCUUUCCCUUUACCUCUUUAUCUAAAUUGUACUAAAUCACAUGGACGUUUCAUCCUCAUUCAUCUCAGCAAGCUAAAAUUAAACAGGUGAAACAUGACAGGCCUCAUUAAAUGAUGAAUUUGUUGUGUAUAUUUUACUACCGCAUCGGGUGGAAAAAUCAUGUCCCUUCCAUGAAACAUAACACGAGGCUGUAAUGUCAAUAGUUGAGGAGAUUUGACAUGUUCUCAGUCGCUUUUGUUUGUGCAUCUCUUCAGUGUGCUGCCAUGACGGACAUCUCCGCUUUACGCAUGCCAUAUUGUACGUUUACUGUUUUUAACGUGAAACGUCAGUGUUUUUUAGAUAUUGCUUGUUGAUUUCUUUGUCGUUGCCGCCAAGCCUCGCCUGUCUGCGAGAGAGAUGGUCACACUUCACGUGAACUCGAAACGGUUAGUCUUCUUGUUAUUUAAGCUAGAGUUCUGUAUGUUGCAAGUGAAAUCAGUCGAUUUGCUUUUUCUCUAAAACUCUUAACAGCGCUGUGUGGUGCAGUUGUAGCAGCGCUGCUGCAGCCUCCAGCGGAUUCGAUGAGUAGACUCCAAUCAUUUCUGUUGUUGGUUAAGAAAGUCCACUUUGAUAAUUGUUCAUAAUGUAAGUGAUUGUUAACAAAUCAUUGCAGCCCUAAUUAGAUAUGCUAGACGGACCCUUGGCUUAGGGAACCAAACCACCCCCCCCCCACCCCACCCCUAUCAGAAGUUUUACCUGGGUUUUCCCAGAACAGCAUUAAUAUACAUAUUGUAUAAUUCAUUUCAGCAGCAUAUUAACCUAAUACAUAUGCAGUGUUAUUGACAGUAUGGGAUUCCAUGUCACAGCAGGGAUAUGUUCAUGGUAACGUACAUUAACUUAAUGUGGCUCAACGUACAAAUGGAACAAAAGUCUUAGUAAUAGUUCAUCAGAAGGCUGGGAAUUAUAUGAAUGGUUUGCUUGAAGUAGCUGAAGCACAUGACUCUAAUGCUGGUGGUAGGUGUCAUUGUAAACGAAAUGUAUGUAUGUGAGUGUAAUCAAUGUAAAUUAUAAUGCUAAGAGGUCUGCCUUAAAAGACACUCAGUUGUUUUUCAUGUAUUUUCUACACCUCAUCUAUUGAUCAAUUUCCCGUUUGAAUUCAAGUAUUUUUUAUUUUUUUUUGUCUUAAUGCAUCACAUUGUCAGAGUGUAUCUCCUAAUAAAACAUGUUUGGUAAUGAUUUAGUGUGUGUUCAUGUAGUUCAAUUUUUUAUGGUUGUUUUAGUUUAAUAUUUAGUUUCCUGAAUUUUGUUUUGUUCCAUCUGUUCGGAGGUGAUCGUGAUUUGCAGUAUUUAAUAAAGAUGUACAGCAGCGACUUGAAUUGAAUGUAAUAUUAUGUAAGGAUCAAAACACAACAGGGCACCCUGUUAUAGGAAAAUAUAAGAAAAAGUACUUGGUGUAUCCAAGCUGCAUUCCUAGCAUAUCAUGUGAUUUACAGUCCCUUCUGAAAGUACUGGAACAGCAAGGCCAAUUCUGUUGUUUUUGCUAUACGUUGAAGACAUUUGGGUUUGAGAUCAAAAUAUGAAUGAGAUGAAAGAUCAGCAUUUAUGCUUUAAUUUCCUCAUAUUUAUAUCUAGAUGUCUUAAACAACUUAGAACAUGGCGCCUUUUUUGUUUGAACCCACCCAUUUUUUCCAAAUGAUCAAUAAUAUUGGAACAUUUGACCAGGUGUGCCCUGUUACAUUAACGUCUACUCUUGGUUUGAGCCCUAGGUUUCACCUGUAAAGACGGUAUUUGUUGUCAAAAGGAAUAAACCAACUUGAAGACUAGAGAGCUAUCUAUCAGACAAAAGAGGGAGAAUCUAUCAGAGCCAUUGCACAAGCAUUGGGCAUAGCCAGUCACAACAAUUUGGAAUGUCCUGAAAAAGAAAGAAACCACUGGUGUACUAACAACCUGACAUCAAACAGGUUGGGCCAAGAAAAACAACAGCAGUUGAUGACGAACAUUGUGAGAGCUGUGAAGAAAACCCCAAAAACAACAGUUUGUGACAUCAACAACAACCUCCACUGGGCAGCGGUGAAGGUAUCACAAUCCACCAUUGGAAGAAGACUUAACGUGCAGAAAAAUAGAGGCCAUACCAUAAGAUGCAAACUCAUCAGCAGUAAGAAUCUGAAAGCCAGAUUAGAAUUCGCAAAAAAAUACAGAAAUGAGCCACAAAAGUUCUGGCCAAAGUGUGGAGACAGAAAGGAUCUGCUCAUGAUCCAAAAUAUAUAAGCUCAUGUCAUGGCUUGGGCUCAUGGCUGUACAUGUCCAGUCAUGUCUGGACAUGUCUAGAAAACAUUUCUUUACUUGCAUUGUGGGCAUGAUUGAAAUUGAGGAUUGCAAACACAAAAUCGGCCAUUUUUUUUUUCAAAACUGUACGUGACAGGAACAUUUCAAAGUGAUUUUUGAGCUCAGCAAUCCAAAAUCCAUCAAAUACUUCCAAAACUUUCCAGGUAGCAAAAUAUUUGUUGUCUGGUGUAAUUAAUACUACCAAGCUAAAAUCUUGGAUGUCUCCUGGAUAAAGUCUGGUACAUGCCUUCCUUGUACCUUGAGGGAUUGUGGCUCAAGUUGAGCUGUGCUGGAGGAUCAGAGGGAUCGUGGUAGAUUACUGUGGGUCAUUUGGAAGUCAACAAUUAUUUCAUGCUUUGUGCACAUUAAGAGACAUUGUUGUUUCCACUCCAGCCUUACAAACCUGAUGUCUAGUAUAUCUUCGAGUAUGGUACAGCUUGUCAAUAAACACAGCCAAGAACAACCUACUUUCACAGAAAGAUGUGUUUUGACAGACAAGGCUGUUAAAAAACCACAGGCGGUUUACAACUACAGACCAGCCCAAUGUACAUGCAAAAUAUCUUCUUUUCUCACCACUGGUGACCUCUUGGUUGAUAAUGAUC